AUGGAGUGCUUCAAAAGGCUGACGACUGUAUUCUUCACUGUCAAGCUGGUACAGUACCUGCUGGUAUACUUUGCGCCCGGGCAGUUUGACACAUCCACGCCGUUGUUUCUGGAGAAGUACCAACCACUCCAGCCAGAAAAAUGGUACCAUAAGCUUCUCUCGUGGGAUUCCGUCUACUUCGUUAAGAACGGUCUGCAGGCUGUGACGCAUACCAAUGCAUACGGGUACGUUUCGCUGCCCGAGUACGAACACGAGUGGAUGUUCUCGCCGUUCGUAUGGUCUCAAACGCUGAAAACUGCUGGCGGGGCGACUCUGCGCAAUUGGGCAGCGCCGAUCGAUACCCUGUUAGUGCGGGCGACCUUGCUCAAUCUGGUGCUGCACUAUGUGUCAGUCUGGCUUCUUUAUGCUCUCACGCUGCGCACCUUUCCCAAGAACAGAGAAUUGGCGUACAAGACGUCACUUCUGUUCAUUCUCUCCAGCGCGGCGGGUUUCCUGCUUGCUCCGUACUCAGAGCCGCUCUCGUUUGCAUUUUCAUUUCUAGGCAUGCUGCUGCGUAUGCUAGCAGUGGAACACAACGUAUAUGGGGGCAUCACUUUGGCGUGGUAUAAUUGGCUUCCAUACACGCUAUCAGGCAUCUGUUUUUCGGUGGCUGCUGCCAAUCGCCCUAAUUGCGUACUAUUGGGUGUUUACUAUAUCUAUGAUGUGCUGAAGCUUGUCAGGCAAAGAAACUGGGUUCGCGCAGUGUUGUUUCCAUGCAUUGCGGGGUCUAUGAUGCUGGGUAUUUUCGCAUAUAUGCAUUAUUAUUUACCGAGCGUUGUGUUCUGUCCAGAAAGGGAGAGUUGGUGUAAGCAUAGUCUACCAUGGAUUCACAUACCGUACAAAUCGUUCUACUCGUUUGUUCAAGGCUAUUAUUGGCGGAAUGGUUUCCUUAAUUACUGGACGUGGAACAACGUGCCAAAUUUCCUAUUCGCACUUCCGAACCUCGUUAUACUGUGGUAUAGCACUGUCUACUUCUCUUACCAGUAUCCACUGGAGAGUAUUCGCCCCUUGGUAUAUAUCACCAGGGCUUUAUUGCUGAUAAUAACCUUUUUUGCACAUGUUCAAAUCAUUAAUCGGAUAUCCUCGUUUAUACCCCUUCACUUAUGGUAUCUCUCAGACAGGAUGAUCAAGACAACCGGGGAGGCAAAGGGCGACGAUAGGCUGGUCUACCUAUAUGUAAACUGGCUAAUAUUGUGGAUCCCCCUACAAACUGUACUAUUUGCAUGCUUCCUGCCGCCAGCUUAA